AUGGACGGCAUAAAGCAGACGUUUGCGCAAUGCAAGAAAGAGAACCGCUCGGCCCUGGUGGCCUAUGUCACCGCGGGGUACCCGCACCCCGACGAGUCGGUUGAUAUCAUGCUCGGCCUGGAGGAGGGGGGCGCCGAUAUCAUCGAACUCGGCGUGCCCUUCACGGACCCCAUCGCCGACGGCCCGACCAUCCAGCGCGCAAACACCCAGGCCCUGCAGCAUGGCGUCACGAUGACCUUGGUUCUGCAAAUGAUCCGCUCGGCGCGCGAUCGGGGCCUGCGGGCGCCCGUCAUUCUGAUGGGAUACUACAACCCACUGCUGCGGUACGGCGAGGAGCGCGCGCUGAGGGACGCCAAAGCCGCCGGGGCCAAUGGCUUUAUUAUGGUUGAUUUGCCGCCCGAGGAAGCUGUGCGCUUUCGGGAUUUGUGCAAAUAUGAAGGAUUGUCGUAUAUCCCCCUGAUCGCGCCGUCGACGUCAGAGUCUCGGAUGAAGCUUCUAUGUGAGAUUGCGGAUUCGUUUAUCUAUGUUGUCUCGAGAAUGGGUGUUACUGGUGCCACGGGACAGUUGAGUGCUGGUUUGCCAGAGCUUCUUGGUCGGGUACAUAAAUACUCGGGAAAUAUUCCCGCCGCACUCGGUUUCGGAGUCAGCACGCGAGAGCACUUCUUGGGUCUCCAGGAUAUUGCAGAAGGGGUUGUUAUUGGAAGCCAAAUUAUCAAUGUCUUGGGGACUGCGCCAGAUGGUCAACGUCGUCAGAAGGUUAAAGAAUACUGUUCAAGUAUCACAGGAAGAACUGUGGACCGCAGCACACUUCCGGAUUCGCUGACGAGGGAGGUUGGUCUUACCGAAGCUCUUGCUGGAGCCCAGGAGCCAGAAGGGGCCCAUGCGACAAAAGUUAUCAAAGAGUCCUCGACUGCUGGACCUGGACUAGGGGAUCAACUUGAAGCCCUCAAUAUCACCAAGAACCCAGCAGCCAUUCCAGCACGGUUCGGAGAGUUUGGUGGACAAUACGUUCCGGAAUCUCUCAUGGACUGCCUGGCCGAGUUAGAGGCCGGAUUUGAACAAGCUAAGAAUGAUCCCAAGUUCUGGGAGGAAUUCCGCUCAUACUACCCCUAUAUGGGCCGACCAAGCAGUUUACAUUUCGCCUCACGCUUGACGGAACAUGCUGGCGGGGCGAAUAUCUACAUCAAACGAGAAGACCUGAACCAUACAGGAAGUCACAAAAUCAACAAUGCCCUGGGGCAAGUCUUGCUUGCCCGCCGUCUUGGGAAAACAAGAAUCAUCGCUGAGACGGGCGCCGGACAGCACGGCGUAGCCACUGCGACCGUCUGCGCGAAGUUUGGCAUGGAGUGUGUGAUUUACAUGGGUGCAGAGGACGUUCGUCGCCAGGCAUUGAACGUGUUCCGUAUCAAACUGCUCGGCGCCUCUGUCGUUGCCGUCGAGGCUGGCUCUCGGACUCUCCGUGAUGCCGUGAACGAGGCCCUCCGCGCCUGGGUCGUCGAUUUGCAGAGCACGCAUUACGUGAUCGGCUCUGCGAUCGGGCCUCAUCCCUUCCCCACUAUUGUCCGCACGUUCCAGUCCGUCAUUGGCGAGGAGACGAAGAAACAAAUGCUGGAAUUGACUGGCAGACUCCCCGAUGCCGUCGUAGCCUGCGUUGGCGGCGGCAGUAAUGCCGUUGGCAUGUUUUAUCCCUUCUCAAACGACACAGAAGUCAAACUCCUCGGCAUCGAGGCCGGUGGAGAUGGCGUUGAGACGGGCAAACACUCGGCCACGCUGUCCAGCGGAAGCAAAGGCGUAUUACACGGUGUGCGUACCUACGUCUUGCAAGACGAACACGGGCAGAUCUCCGACACCCAUUCCAUCUCCGCUGGUCUCGAUUAUCCUGGCGUUGGUCCUGAGUUGAGCUCCUGGAAGGAUAGCUCGAGAGCCGAGUUUAUCGCUGCCACGGAUGCCCAAGCCCUGAUUGGUUUCCGGACCAUCUCCCAGCUAGAAGGUAUCAUCCCUGCGCUGGAGUCGUCUCAUGCGGUCUAUGGAGUGCUCGAGCUGGCGAAGAAGAUGGAGAAAGGCAAGAAUAUUGUUCUAAACUUGAGUGGUCGCGGUGAUAAAGAUGUUCAGAGUGUUGCGGAUGCGUUACCCGUCAUUGGGCCACAGAUCGGGUGGGAUUUGAGGUUCUAG